AUGCGCAAAAUCGUCUUUGUAAACGUACACGGUGCAGAAAAUACCUACAGUAUCUCCAAACGAAAGGAGCUCUUCGCCAUUGGGUCGCAGCUGUCCCCCGAAGUCGGGAGCUCUGGGAUCGAGAUGCUGGAGACGGACGCCUUCAAGCUGCACUGCUUCCAGACGCUGACAGGAAUCAAAUUCGUGGUUCUUGCUGACCCGAGGCAGGCGGGGAUAGACUCCCUUCUCCGCAAGAUCUACGAGAUUUACUCUGACUUUGCUCUGAAGAAUCCUUUCUACUCCCUGGAGAUGCCAAUCAGAUGCGAGUUGUUUGAUCAGAACUUGAAACUUGCUCUGGAGGUGGCAGAGAAAGCUGGACCCUUCGGACCUGGAUCGUAGAGAAAGCCUCGCCUGUUGCACGGACUCCUUUCUCCGAAGAGCAGGACCUCUCUCUUCCCGUUGGCGUCUCCCAGAGCUCUCUCCUCCACAGCAGAGACUGCGUAUCCCCAAAACAUGCUUCAUUACCUCCCAAGAUACCGUUUUAUCCCCUUUGUUGUGAAAUUUACCUUAGACGGACUCGUUACUACUGUUUACACUGGGCCACAGAGGCUUGUUCUGCUGUUGCAGCUCCACUGCCCUCGAGUGAAGAAAGCAAGCUAAGGUGCGGGUCCGUGGCCUUACCGCAAUUGAUUGUUUUCUUUUGUUUCAUAAUUGUACGUACGUAUGUUUCCUGUAUAGCUCUAGCUUACAGUUUUGCAGAGGGUUUCUGUGUAGAAGUAAUAAAUGUUCCUUAAAGAGGC